AUGGCGACACAUGUACACUACCGACCCUCGAUGAGAAUUUCGUUUAAGUCGACGUUGUGUUUUGGGGUGGCCGAUCCAACAACGGUGGUAAUUAUUGAAGUUGUUUUGAAAUACAAUCGGUGGAUAUUCUUGAGAAAUCUGCAGGGCCAGGUUGUUGAUUUCUACGAGACAAGCUCCGACUCCUACGCUUGUUUCCAUUCUCCUAGGUUGUCCUAUCGUGACUUGAGAGACCAAAUUCGUCAAUGGCUGCCGGGAUUGUCUCCCUAUUUAUGCACCCAGCUUUCCCUACGAAUCUGCGUAGUGUACGCGCAACGAGUUGCGCACCGCUUCAAUGGCGACAAUGGCGGCGGUGCAUACAAAGUCACGGCUUUUGUGGAGAUUAAUGAGCCAGAACUGCACUCAACGCUAGAUUACCAAGUACCAGAUUACACGGGCGUGCGGGCUAAUUUUGAUGAUGAUGAUGAUGGGGUAGUCUUAUACUUUGGUAAUGAUGAUGACAAUGAUGAUGAGGAGGAGUUGAAGGUGCCAAGGGGUUUGAGUUUGGAAGAGAUUAACGGGUUGAAGCAAGAAAGGUUCAAGAGUAGUGGAGAGGAGGAAUCAGUGAUGUGUUCGAUUUGUUUGGAAGAGUUCUCAGCGGGAGUCAAUAUUACGCCAUUGCCAUGUUCUCAUACCUUUCACCAUAACUGCAUUGCUUCAUGGCUCCAACAACAGGGAAGCUGUCCGUUUUGCCGAUUCGACAUCACGCAAGAAUGCUUAUGA